GCCGGCCUCCUGCUCCCCCGCGGGCCCUGCGGCUGCGGCUGCGGCGCGCUGCACACCCAGGGAGACAAAGCUUUCGUCGAGUUUCUGAAUGAUGAGAUUAAGGAAGAAAAGAAGAUCCAGAAGCAUGGGUCCCUCCCCAAGAUGUCUGGGGGCUGGGAGCUCGAAGUGAAUGGGACAGAAGCCAAAUUAGUGCGGAAAGUGGCUGGAGAGAAGAUCACGGUGACGUUCAACAUCAACAACAGCAUCCCGCCCACGUUUGAUGGUGAGGAGGAGCCCCCCCAGCAGGGGCAGAAGGUGGAGGAGCAGGAGCCUGAACUGACGUCCACUCCCAAUUUCGUGGUGGAAGUUAUAAAGAACGGCGGCAAGAAGGCCCUGGUCCUGGACUGUCACUACCCGGAAGAUGAGGUGGGACAGGAAGAGGAGGAGAGUGACAUUUUCGCCAUCAGAGAAGUGAGCUUUCAGUCGGUUGGCGAGGCUGAGUGGAAGGACACGAAUUACACGCUCAACACGGACUCCCUGGACUGGGCGCUGUACGACCACCUGAUGGACUUCCUGGCCGACCGGGGUGUGGACAACACCUUCGCCGACGAGCUGGUGGAGCUCAGCACGGCCCUGGAGCACCAGGAGUACAUCACGUUUCUCGAGGACCUGAAGGGCUUUGUCAAGAGCCAGUAGACCAGAGAGACCAGAGGAGACGCGGGCUCCGGCCAGGGACAGGCCCGCUCUGGAGCCGGGCACGCGUGCGCGCAGACGAUUUUCGUUGUAAGAUCAUGGAAGAUAAUUCCGAUUUAAAUUAUUUCUGUUGCCCUCUCCUUUACUAUUCAUUUAUUUCGUCGCUAGACUGUCCCUCCCAGAAUUUUGUAUAACGUAAUAAUGGACAAUAAAAUCAUGUAACUUCUCCCA